CGAACUAUUUGAUCAAUAUAUCGCAAAAGAGUAGGGAACUGUUGGCAUUUUUAUUUUGGCAUCACCUCUAAUCGACAAUGUUAGACGACGUGUUACUCAGGGGCGUUUGGUCCAUGUGGUGUAUCAGUUAGCAAGUGUAUUAAAAGUAUUGUCGGCGACGACGACGACGUGGAUAGUGGACGUGUAUUUAGAACUUUUAUAAAUCACUAGUUGAUUGAUACUCAGUCAUUCUGUUCAUUUGUAAAUACACCUGGUUUAAUCAGCAACGAGAUUGCAUCAACUGAGGAGAAGUACAGCAGAAUUUUGAUUCUUUCUCGAGUUAAAUAUGCGCAUAUGAGCGCUCACCUCGAGGUUGUGUGAGCAGAAUAACUUUGUGACUCACUAACCAACCGUCAGCAUAGCGAAAGUCAUGCUAUCAGGACGAGCGGAUGAGAAAAUAAAAUCAACUACGCUUCUCAUAUUAUUCUCGGCCUGGAAAUAGUGGCUCGACUGGUUUGUGCUCCCUAUCAAAAAUCGAAUGACUUUUUUGUGCAGCAUUCGGGCAUUGGGAAAUACCCGGGUUUGUUGUUGCUACACUCCAACAACCAAAGAGGAGGAGGGCUCCAGAAGGUUCACUCUCCAUUCUUGCAUCUGCCAGGCAACAGCCGACCGCAUAUUAAUACAAUUCGGCUGCAAUUAUCCUAAUCGCAGUUCAAAGUAGUGUCACGUCACAAAACUCUGAGAGCAAUUAUUGAUCGACAUUGGGCAUUUAUAGUGAUCAAUCAAUCAAUUGAUAGUGAUACCAGAACAGCAAGAUCAUCAGCACAGCACAUUGAUUUAAAUAUUCCACUAGUUUUAGUGAUUCAGUCUUUCUUGAUGAUGUGUUAAAACAGUUGAUUGCUUAAAUGCUGAGUUUGUACUAUGCAAGUAUCUAAUUUGGAGCAGUAAAGUUCAAGUGAGGCUGCGUAGCGUGUGUGUGGUAAUCAAAAUACGCGUUGUUGUCGUGUUGAGCAAUAACACUAUUACUGAAAGAAACAGUUUACUCACAAUAAUUGGCACGGAUUCAUCAUUGCUCAUCUCAUUAGCUGAAUGUUGACAGUGUCAACUUAACAGCGUGCACCAGUGACGCAACAUCCUUCUCCUGCGUGGACUUUUUAGUUCAAGCUUUAUUUGAUUGUUUCUAAUACUGGAUACUUGGCCUCAACCACGACGUUUUCCAGAAAUAUAGUCAUUCUUCUUUUUUGUUCUCGUUCUUGCCUUACAAAAAGUCAAGUCAACCACAAUGACGAAACUGGAAACCGAACGGAUGGCACCUUCGUACCAUGAAGACUCCUCGUCAUCCUCCCCUGAAGAUUACGAGUACGAAACGACGUCAGAGCAAGAAUUCGACAUUGGCGAAUCCCCUGCAGAUUUGAUCCUCCAGCAGGAGCCUUUUGUCCACUUCCGAUCACUCAAUAACUACUUAAACAAUCUAAACCUUGCCACAUUCAACUUCAACCUGAACAACAGGUUCAACGCCUUUGUGGCAGACUCUCCUCUGUGGAAAUUGUAUGAAAACUCACCACACUUCCCAAUAGGCGUACCUUUACCCAAACCACCAAAAAUUGACGCUAUUGCCAAUCUUUGGAGACAGUUGGGAGACCAUGAUGGGGCAGAUGAAGCUGAGAACAUAGGAAAACGGUUGGAAUUUGAAAGAGUACGGAAACGAGCAAGUGAAGAAGUUCAGCGGAGACUUGGGCCCAAAAUAAAUCAGAAAGAAGAGGAAGAAACUAUUAGACGACAGGCCAAGGAAGCCACUACCAUCGGGGAAGACGAGGAGGACGGAGACAUUGUAGUUCGAAGGGGGAAACAAGAAACGAGAGGAGGUGGUGACCCCACUGUCAGACUGACUCAUCCCCUUCAUCGUCAAAAUCGUCAACAGUAUCAAAAUCAUCAUCAGAAGCAACAACCAGUCGGUCCCAUUGUUGAAGAGGUAGAGGAUCCACAACUAACGCUUAAUCAAGAAUUUUGGAGUCGUUUUUUGGGAUUUAAAACGGAAGCUGAAGAGGGGACGCUGGUGAGUGGGCCACCUUUGGCUCCCACACCACCCAUCAACCCCUUCUACAGCCGCUUCUAUCUCUCAACCUAUGAUAAACUUAAGGUAUGCCUCAUGUCCGUCGUGUGCCUGGUGCGAUUGAUCCUCAUCGCCGCACUUCUGAUGGUGGCGUUAUGUUUGAUGCUUAUUGGAACUUGUGGGUUAUCGGAAAAGCAGUUCAAAGAAGCACCUUUGAGCUCAUGGCGAAGAACUGUCAAAUGGAUAACAGCUCACGUGGUAAUGCGUAGUGUGUACUUUGUUUCUGGCUUCUACUGGGUGCACAAGGUCGGGAAAAUGGCUUCUGUGGAGGAGGCACCCGUCAUUGUCGCUGCACCACAUUCCUCCUUCUUCGAUGCGUUCCUCGUCCCCUUGUUGGGAGGUCCGAGCGUGGUGGCGCGGCAGGAGAGCAGCAACACACCAUUUUUCGGAAAACUUAUGGACUUUACACAAGCUAUCUAUGUAGAUCGAGACAAUCCGGAUAGUCGAAAUACGUGCAAGUUUGAAAUUCGUCGCCGCGUCAAGUCUGGUGAAGGCUGGCCACAGGUCUUCAUCUUCCCCGAAGGCACAUGUACAAAUAGAUCAGCUCUUGCCCAGUUCAAACUCGGAGCUUUCCAACCUGGUGUUCCUAUCCAACCCGUCGUCAUUCGAUAUCCCAACAGGCUGGAUAGCUUGACCUGGACCUUUGACAGCCCUUCAGCAGUUUGGAGCGCAUUCGUGGCACUUUCUCAAUUUCACAACUCUGUCGAGCUAGAAUUUCUGCCCGUGUACAAGCCCAGUGCAGAAGAACAAGAAAACGAAAUCCUUUUUGCAAGCAAUGUUCAAAAAGUUAUGGCCGAUGCGCUUGGAAUUCCUGCCACGGACUUUACCUAUGAAGAUGGAGUGGCACUUGGCAAACUUGCAUCUAGCAAAGUUUGUGAGAAAUUGAGCAAAAUUUGGAAAAUCAAGGGCGAUCUCAAUUUACGGGAAGCAGCCACAGAGACGACGCUAGUUUACGAGGGCACCACCACAGACAAGUUUGACUGGAGAAUUACAUAUCCACAAUUUCAAGACAUGUUUCACGUUACCGGUGACGAGGACAAGGCGUCGGCCAGAGUGAGAGACCUCUUCCAGUUGUUCCAACAGAAAAAUCCCGUGGACCCGGAAAUGAUUGACAUGCGGCCCUACCUGAUCUUGACUUGCUUGCUCUACUCAGACUCCAAACUCACCCUACUCCAAACUCUUGUCUUCAAGAUGUACGCUGGGAGAAGAACAGAGAUGACGGAACCAGAGUAUCAGAACUUGAUGCAAAAUUUAUUCGAAUCCAGUGAGAAAGAUGCAACAAAGCUUUUUCAAGCUGGGGGCAAAAAUAAAACUAGCAUAUCAUUCAGUGAAUUUCAACGGAAGGUGGGACGACGUGUUGAAUACUUGAAGCUUUAUGCCAUGGAGGAGACGGGGCAAUGCAGUGGAAACUUUCCCAGACGCAGCCAACGCGAUCGAAGGUCUCCUCAGCUAAAACCAAAGGAGGACUAAUUGUACAGAAUAUGAAACCCUGAAGUCACCAAAGAGAAAAGAAAAUGAUGAACAAAGAAAAGAACGGUUGUUGUGUUGUAUUAAAAAACUGUAACUGUGAGUCGAAACUUGUCAUCAUGUUAUAACGUAUAAUAACUAUUAUUGUUUUAUUGUAGUGAAAAGUGUGAGUGUUCGCUUAUGUAGACAAAUGUCCAUAAUUAAUUUUACUCCUGCACCACCCAGAAUAAAAUGUGUAGAAUGUCGCUCUCUUUUUAGUCGAAA